CAAAUCGUGUGGAAGAACUACGAACCCUAGAGAGAGCUCAUGGCGAACGUGAACCAAGUCGCAGAUCCAGUUGCGCUGCCUAUAGUUCCAUGCCCGGAUUGUGGUAGGCGUGUGGUGACGUUCGUGGCGAGGACUGGUCAGUUCGAGGGGGAGAGGUUCUACAAGUGUCGUAAUCACAAUCCGAAGAAAGGUGGGUGCGACUUCUACAGGUGGGAAGAAGCGUACGCCGAACAUUUGGCUUCGCUGGGGCCAACGGCGCCUCCGCUGGCGCAAAUCAAUCUAGGAGAAAAUGAAGUCGGGGGAGGAGGUCAAGGUGGGCAGUUGCAGGCGAUGAAUGGUGUGGCAGGGGGCCAGAAUGGAGCACCGGUUCUCCCGCGGGUGCCAGCGACAAUUGAUGGUGAAGGAUCUGUGCAUGGUGCGGCGGUCGUUGCUCCUCGUCAGUUUACCAUCGCGCUUGACCCUGCGUCAAUCAAUCUGGUGGUGUCAGUUGGGAAUAUGGCUAUUUGCGUUGCCAUCCUUGUGCUGGUAGUUGCUUCAAGCAUGAUGCGCGUGUUUGACAGGGAUUAGGCAUGCUAAUCUGCUGUCGAGGUUUAUGUAUCCCUACGUCAUGUAAUGGUAGUGGUUAGGUGUGCUGGUAGUUGCUGCUGGUAUGGAUUAUGGGUGUGUGCUCACCAGAUGGUAAGGUUGAUGUAUGGUAAGGUUGAUGUAUGGUAGGUGGUAGUGAGGGACGCCGUCGUAUGUGUUCUAGGUAUCUGUUAUGGGUUGUUUAAGCUUCUGGUUGUACAUUUGGUUGGCCCAGUAUUAAUGAA